UCUUUCCUAUGACAACAACUGCUUUUUUAAUACGUGAUUAACUUGAUCUAUAUUGUACAGUGCCAUUAUCAUCAAUCUCUCUCUUUUUUGGCAUGAACUUUUUUGAUAGGCAGACCACUUAUGCUUUGGUGCCGAAGUGGGAGGGGUGACAGAGUGAAGCACAAGGAGCUGCCCGAGGAGAGCAGAAGCAAUCCCGUGAAACUGGCCAAAAUGUGGAGUGCGUAUGUGAUGUGUGGAGGCAGCGUCCCGAGUCGACCCACGGUUUGCGAAGGACUGAAACAUCCAGCUCUACCGAGGCCUCCUUCUCCUGUGGACCGUAUGGAAAAGAGCAACCAUGCAAAACUGUGAUUAUCAUCUGUGUCUCACCGUCUACAUCUUCACCUUCAUCACCGGCUUCCCGGCCAACAUCUUGGCCUUCUACACGCUCAGCCGCAAGGUUUGGAGGAAGCCGGCUCCCAUCGACAUCCUCCUUCUCAACCUCACCAUGUCAGACUUGCUCUUCCUCAUCUUCUUGCCCUUUAAAAUGCAAGAAGUGGCCAAUAACAUGGUAUGGAAUCUCCACUACUUUCUGUGUCCGCUGUCUGGCUUUGUCUUCUACAUGACCAUCUACAACAGCACCUUUGUCCUGACCGCGGUGAGCGUGGAGCGCUAUCUUGGCGUGGCGUUCCCGAUUCAGCACUCCCUAAGGAGAAGACCCCUAUACGCCGUGUUUGCCAGCAUCUUCAUGUGGGUGUUUUCCAUCCUUCACCUCAGCAUCGUCUACAUCGUGCCUUACUACAACCCGUCUGGGACAAUACCGCCAUCCCGCAAUGUCUGCUACGAGGGAUUCACCGACGCUCAGCUCAAGAUCCUCCUGCCUGUGCGUUUGGAGUUGUGCGUGGUUCUCUUCUGCAUUCCCUUUCUUAUUUGCAGCUUUUGCUACAUAAACUUCAUCCACAUCCUCUCAAGGCUGCCGAACAUCGGCCGGCGGAGAAAGUUGAGAGCGAUCGGAUUGGCUUUGGGGACGUUGGUGGUGUUUGCGCUCUGUUUUGGACCCUACAACGUCUCCCAUGUCGUUGGCUUCAUUACGAAGAAAAGCCCAGAUUGGAGAGACAAAGCCCUUCUUCUCAGCACGUUCAAUGCCUGCUUGGACCCGUUUAUUUUUUACUUCACCUCCGCGGCUGUUAGAAACACACUUAGUGCAAUGUUGAGGGGCAUUUGGGGUAGAUUUAACUGGUGCCAAUGCCCACAAAUUUUAUGGAGCUCCAAGAAGGAACCUUCUGAAAUGGAGAAAAACAGCCUCCCGAAACCACAGGAAGUCACAAAUGCACUUUGACCAAGUUUUAUUUAGGCCAGAGAAUUAUUUUUGUACACCAAUGUUGUUCUACUUCCUUGUAAGAUGACGGAGGCGAUGCGGAAUGCCAAAACAACACAACUCACGUGCUGAGUGUUAUCUUUGUAAGAAAAGGGAAAACACGGCAAUGAAACUUGUGUGUACAUAAAGGGACUGAACUGAGUGUUGGCAAACAGAGGAUAAACUUCCCUUUGUAUAGAGUGUUUAUUCAUCCAUGGUGUGAGCUGAUUCUAAUAACAAACUUGUCAGCAAUGACUUUAUUUAAUAUAAACAGAAAGCAGUACGAGGACAUUGAUCACUGGGAUAAAGGAGCCACAACUGCCAGCCAUAUGAAGGUCAACAGAAAAGCACGAUCACGUAGCUACUUGAAGGGUUUUCACUUUUGAGGACGAUGCUUAUCUGGGAACUGACAAUGCGGUUUUCUGAUGGUUUGUGUACGUGUUUGAUCAAAAGUGCAUGAUAGAGACUUCUUCAUUUUUUAGUGUCCAGGAAGUGGCAAAACAUACACCACAGAAAUUAAUGAUGAAAGAAGAGACACUCUUGUUCAAGGUUCACUGGGGAUCUAAAUAGAUCCCUCGGGUUCAAUUUUAAAAACCCUUGGUUUGAUAUAAGGAGAAAUGACUGCAUAAUACUUUCAUGUUUAAUGGGUUAUUUCAAGUAUGUUUAUGAGCUGGUUAAUUCAUAAAAUUUAAUUAGCAAAAUUAAUUAAUUAAUUAAAAUUAAAUCAAUAAAAUCAACCCCUGAAAGGU